AUGGCUACUACAAACAAUUUUGUCCCGAGUGCACCCGUCGGUGCACCUCCUGGAGCAAACGAUCUUCCACCACCAUAUUCAGCGGUUGUUGGUAAUCCACAAUAUGGUUUUGUGGCUCCAUCAGUUGAGUCCAUGCCUCCAGGUGGUCCUUAUCCACAACCAAAACAAUUUACUGCCACUGGCGUAUAUCCUCAUCCGCCAAUCGUUACUUGCGCUCAACCCCAGUCUGGAGUAAUGGAUCCUACUUCUUCUGGUGUCACUGUUCCUGUCGGUAUAGUGUUACCUCCCGCAGUUGGAACCGAACCAACAACAAUAACAUGCUUCAACUGUGGUAAAGUUGUUACUACAAGAGUGACAUAUACAACAGCUUGGCAUACUCACUUGGUAGCUGGUUCUAUCUGCGUUAUAACAAUGGUAUGUUCGCUGUGCUGUCUGGGAUUAAUACCAUACUGCUUUGACAGCUUUAAAGAUGCUGAACACUAUUGUCCUAACUGCAACACCUUUAUUGGAAAAGCAACCAAAUAC